AUGUUAGCCAAUUCCAUGUUAUUAGGACGCGAUCCAGAUCCGAAUGCAGCUUUCGUCGAUACCGCGCUAUUCAGCGUCGCGAUUUCGCUUCCGACUAUUGCAACCACGGCUGUUAUAUUGAGAUGCAUGGCCAAAAGAUGGACUGGCAAGAAGAUUUUCUCUGGCGAUGACUGGAUGAUAUUUAUCACCUUGGUCUUCUGCUGGGGCCAUUCAGUCAACACGUUUGUUGCUGCCGGCUUGGGGGGAAUCAAUAGGAUCACCAUAGGCCAACGCGAGUACGCAAACCUAGCCUUGAGGACGUUGUGGAUAUCAAACUUUCUGCUAGUGACGGCGCUCUACACCGUCAAGGUGUCAAUACUGCUCUUCUAUUGGCAAAUAUUUUACAUAAGCCAUCGAUUUCGCAAAGCCUGUAUGGCCAUGAUUGGCUUGCUAUCCCUCUGGUGGAUAUCUGCCAUCAUUGUCAUCUUCUUGAUCGGUGAUCCAAUAGAUUCCUCAUGGAAGAAUGCUGCCCUCGCGAAGCAUCGCUUUGACUUCAAUGCGUGGUAUCUGGCCUUUUGUGGUCUGUCCAUCGUGUUCGACAUCGCCAUCCUCUGCUUCCCGAUCCCUGUGAUCCGGACCCUCAAGAUUGACACAAGGCGGAAAUUAUCGAUUGUCGGUAUCUUCUGGCUCGGAAGCUUUGUCUGCAUCAGUGCAAUUGUUCGAUUUGUGCUCUUCUAUCAAUCCAUCAAUGGGCUUUCCGAUUUCGGCAAGAAUCAGUACAGCUCGAUUACCAACGCUUUCAUCUGGUCAGGAAUCGAACCAAACACUUCAGUCAUUGCCGCUUGCUUGCCGACGUAUGGACCUUUCUUUAGGGACAGCGGGAUUGUGCCGAAAUUCAUACAAUCCGUCAAGUCGACGUUCGGGACAUCGAGCGCCUCGGAAUACAAGACAGAGUUUUCAUUCCAGAGCAAGUCACUAUCCAAUGGCACGUACAUGGAACUCGAGAAGACAAAGGGUAGCGAGAGGAUUGCGGUGAGAAAGGCAAAUGAAGAUACCGAGCGCAUUGGCUAG